AUGGUGGAAGACAAAUGGGAUGAUGUUCACGGUCCUCUGCAUCACCACACAACGUUCUGCGUGGUCGAUCGGGUUGCAGUAGCACUGCACUACCUGUCGCACUCGGAUGGGCAGUACUGUGUCCAAGUGUGCAAAGUUAUCCGUCAGCGCUAUCUGAGUGCCGUUGUUUGCCUGCCGACGCGCCGCCCUGAUUGGGAGAAAGUUCGGUUGGGGUUUGUGUCCGUGAUGGGCUUCCCCAAUGCGUAUGGGGCUAUUGAUGGGUCCCUUGUGCCUAUCAAACGUUUCACAGACCACACGGGGUGGUAUUGUCGAAAUGGGUUCCCCGCGUUCAACAUACAAGCCGUUGUGGAUGACAAGUUGAAGUUCAUGUCGUAUUCUAUCAGGUCAGGAAGCCAGAAUGACAAGGCUCUGUUUCGUGACUCGUGGUUUGGCAAGUCCUCCCCUCCCCUUUGGCGGCUGCAUCCUCGGUGA